AUGGAGGCUCGUUUGGACCGGCGCUUCUCGCCUCCGCCGACGACGGAGCUGCGGGAUGCCGUUGAGGAGAUCCGCGUCGGUGCCACCACCUCUGCACCAUCGGUCGCCUCGGCUCCCAUCUGCAGCACCACCAUCGCCUCCACCGACGAGCCUAGCCCCGACACCACAGUGGCACGCGCCAACUCCGCUGACACGGCCGACUCCGUGCUCUCUUUCAGGACCGCGCGUGCCUCCAACCUCCCGGGCGAGGAGUUCGAGUCUGGGAAGGGCGACGACUCCGACCUUCUCCGCAACCGCCCCGUUGGGGCCCGUUGGGCUGGCCUUCGCGCCGUACCAGUCGUCCACGCCGGUGCUGGCCUUCCAGAUCGAGAGCGGCCUCACCUCCACCGACCCCGACGCACCAGCCUCGUCGCACCCGCGUCCACCGUUUCCGCCGCCGCUUCCGUUCAUGUCGGGGAGAACGUGCCCGUGGAGACUUCCCCAGCUCCACCCCCAAGCUACCUCUCCGCCGAGCUCCGCGACGAGCGCACCCUGGAAGCGCGGCUCCACCUCGGUCGGACCCUGGCCUCGCUCGACGAGCUUCCACAAGUGCUUCCCUCAAGGUGUUCGACCUUUGGCCACUUCCAUGUCGAGCGCGGCCCUGCGUUCGUGACCACUACACCGGCUCAUCUUCGACCUCGCCGACUACCGCUCCGCGUCCGUCUCGGCUUCGCCGACCACGGCGUGCUCCUCCGCGCCCGCCUUGGCUUCACCAACCGCGGCGUGCCACUCCUCGUCCGCCUCGGUGUGCUCCUCCGCGCCCGCCUUGGCUUCGCCGAUCGCGGUGUUACCAUCCUCGUCUGCCUCGGCGUGCUCCUCUGCGCCCGACUUGGCUUCGCCGACCGCGGUGUUACCAUCCUCGUCCGCCUCGGCUUCGCCCACGCCCUCCUGCGCUGUCUCCGGCGGCUCGACGCCAACAUCUCCGCCCACGCCGCGCUCCUGGCCGCUGCGAGCAACUGGGCCGCCUGCCAGGCCGCGGCCAACGCCGUCAUCCGCGGCGACCCAUUCCGUGCUAUCUCCACCGUCCCCAAGCCGGGCUACUUUGUCCUCCGCGCCAACGCCGACCUCGCCGCCAACAUGCCCGCGUCCGUGCCUUCCGCUUCGUCCGCAACGGCGAUGCAGCGCGCACGCGUCCUGAUCUCGCAAGUUCCCGUGGGCACCGAAGGCCUGGGCGCCAGCGGCAGCGUCUACGUCCGCUUCGCCCUCGUCGACAACAGGCUCGGCGACCUCUGGGCGCUCGUCCCCACCGGCGUCAUCUUCACCACCGGGGGAGUGGCGAGCUUCAACAUGUUCCGCAACGAUGUCUCGAACGCCGUCCCCGCGGACGCGUCCGCGCGCCUCGUCCGCCUCGGCACCGUCGAGUACGCGCUCUGCGCCUUCCCGCUCGACGGCUACUCCGUGCCCGGGGUCGCGUCGAGCGGCCUUGUCCUCUACCGCGCGCCGGACACAGUCGCACUCUCCGUCGCCUACACCGUCGCUGCGCACCGCGAGGCAGGCGCCGCCUACGCAGCGCUCGUCCCCGUCGACACUAUCGUCGUCUUCGCCAACGGGGGAGAGCCGGGCUUCUACCACUCCAUCAUCGACGACGCGAGCGCCGUCCCCGCGGACGCGUUCGCACGCAUCAUGAAGGACGUCCUCGCCGCUCCUACUGCGGGGGCACAGACCCGUGCAUGCCCGCGCCGCCUCCGUCCUCGACGACCCCGCCGCCACUGCACGACACAAUCAGUCCGUGCUCCAGGCGACCCAGCACGCCGUCGAGUUUGUGCCGGAUUCCAUCGAGCUGGCCCACUUCCACGCCGAGCUGCUCCUCGACGCCGCCUCUGA